GCCGCCGCGGGAGGCCGCGCCCGCCAUGGCGGCCCGGGCGGUGCUGGACGAGUUCACGGCGCCCGCGGAGAAGGCGGCGCUGCUGGAGCGGAGCCGCGGCCGCAUCGAGGGCCUGUUUGGCGUGAGCCUGGCGGUGCUUGGCGCGCUCGGGGCCGAAGAACCGCUGCCUGCGCGCAUUUGGCUGCAGCUCCGCGGGGCGCAGGAGGCGGUGCACAGCGCCAAGGAAUAUAUUAAAGGAAUCUGUGAACCUGAACUAGAAGAAAGAGAAUGUUACCCCAAGGCCAUGCACUGCAUUUUUGUUGGGGCCCAGAGCCUGUUUCUGAAAAGCUUGAUUCAGGACACCUGUGCCGAUCUCUGCAUUCUGGACAUUGGUCUUCUUGGCAUCAGAGGAAGUGCCGAAGCUGUAGUCAUGGCUAGGAGUCACAUUCAGCAGUUUGUAAAGCUCUUUGAGAAUAAUGAGAACCUACCCAACAGUCAGAAAGAAUCCGAGGUGAAAAGGGAAUUUAAACAAUUUGUCGAAGCUCGGGCUGACAACUAUACAAUGGACUUGUUGAUUUUGCCCACUUCCUUGAAAAAAGAGCUUUUGACACUCACACAAGGUGAGGAGAAUUUCUUUGAAACGGGAGAUGAUGAUGUUAUUGAAAUUGGAGAUUCUAAACCAACAGAGUUUCCACAGAAUGCUGCCACAGGGCUGAAUAUUUCCAGAGAUGAAAUUGUUUUGCAGGAAGAUGCAAGAAAUAAAGCUGGCACUCCUGUUUCUGAGCUUACAAAACAAAUGGACACGAUCUUUUCUAGUUCACAAGAUGUACUUUUUGUUCCAGUAAAUGGUCUAAGCCCAGACGAAGAGACAUUAUCCAAAGACAGAAUUUGUCACAAAAGGAGAUUUUCUGAUUCUGAAGAAAGGCAUACCAAGAAACAGUUUUCUUUGGAAAAUGUUCAAGAGGGGGAGCUUCUCGAUGAUGGUAAGACAUUAGCUGAAAGUGUAAUCAUUGACUUAUCCGAUUCUUCUGCUGACCCUGAAAAUUUAAGUCCCGAUGUAAAGGACACUACUGAGGAAAUGGAAUACAACAUCCUCGUAAACUUUUUUAAAACCAUGGGCUAUUCCCAAGAAAUUGUUGAAAAGGUCAUUAGGGAGUAUGGGCCAUCCACUGAACCAUUAUUGCUCUUAGAAGAAAUUGAAAAAGAAAAUAAAAGAUUCCAAGAAGACAGAGAAUUUUCACCUGGUACUGUGUAUCCAGAGACUAACAAAACCAAAAACAAAGGUGUUUGUAGCAGCGUAAAUGAGCUUACAACGGAUUCCACUCCAAAGAAAACACAAACUCACACACAGCAAAAUAUGGUGGAAAAAUUUUCUCAGUUACCAUUCAAAGAAUCAAAACCAUGUACCUCAAAUUGCAAAAUUAAUACUUUCAGAACAGUGCCAAUAGAACAGAAACAAGAAAUCUGGAGUUCAAACCAGAAUUAUGUUUGUAACAUGGACCUUGAAACUGAUGGCCUUUCACCCUCUGUUGUUCCUUCAAGUCCCAAAGAAGUUGUCAGUUUUGUUUCAAGAGGAGCUUCAAGUCACCAGCCCAGAAUUCCAGUUUUUCCUGAAAAUGGUUUGCAACAGCAAGCAGAGCCCUUACUUCCAAGUAGUAUGAGGUCUCCCUGUGAAAACCGAUCAGGGUGUUGUAGCUCUCCCCAGUCUAAGCCGAAUUGUCCACCCCUUUCUCCACCAAUGCCACUGCCCCAGCUGUUACCUUCAGUUACUGACGCAAGGUUGGCAGGACCGUCUGAUCAUAUUGAUUCCUCCGUCACUGGCGUUCAGAGGUUCCGAGAUACUCUGAAAGUACCCUACAAGCUGGAAUUAAAAAAUGAGCCAGGGAGAACGGAUUUGAAGCACAUUGUUAUAGAUGGGAGCAAUGUCGCAAUUACCCAUGGUCUGAAAAAGUUCUUUUCUUGUCGUGGAAUUGCAAUUGCAGUUGAAUAUUUUUGGAAGCUUGGCAACAGAAACAUCACUGUAUUUGUCCCACAGUGGAGAACAAGGCGUGAUCCUAAUGUCACAGAACAGCACUUCUUAACUCAGCUCCAGGAGCUUGGAAUAUUAUCUUUAACUCCUGCCCGGAUGGUCUUUGGAGAAAGAAUUGCUUCUCAUGAUGACAGGUUUCUACUACACUUAGCGGACAAAACUGGUGGCAUAAUUGUAACAAAUGAUAACUUCAGAGAAUUUGUGACUGAGUCACUCUCUUGGAGAGAAAUUAUUACAAAAAGAUUGCUUCAAUAUACCUUCGUUGGGGAUAUAUUUAUGGUUCCUGAUGACCCUCUGGGAAGAAGUGGACCUCGAUUAGAAGACUUUCUUCGGAAGGAAGUCUUCCUUAGAGAUAUGCAGCCCCUACUCAAUGCCUUGCCAAAUGUCGGCAUGUUUGACCCCAGCUUCAGAGUCCCCGGCACCCAGGCAGCCAGCACCAGUCACCAGCCUCCCGCCCGGAUUCAGGGCACCCCGCCCAGCCACUGGCUUCCUCAGCAGCCCCGCUUUCCAGUUCUGCCAAACCUUCCCGGUAUGCAGCAGAGUGUGCCCAUGCCGGCGCAGAGGUCUCCUGCGGAAACCAGCGAGUUGAGGGAAGCCCUUCUGAAGAUCUUCCCUGACUCAGAGCAAAGACUGAAAAUUGACCAGAUACUGGCGGCCCAUCCGUACAUGAAAGACCUGAACGCACUGUCUGCCAUGGUUUUGGACUGAAGGUCACACUCUAGCUCGUGUCUGCACGUGGCAGCAGGAAGCGACAUAAUGUGAAGAGACCGAUUUCCCAGUGGAAAUACUGUUGUAGUAUAUAGAAAACAGAUGUUUUGUGUAUAAAAAAAUCUGGGUUUUCAAAACCAGCUUUUUCUAUAUAUAAAUUAUGCUGCUAUUACAGAUUUAACAUUUUCUGUAAAAGGAAAGUACAUUUUCUGCCUGUUCAGAACUGUUUAAUAGCAGUUACUCUUGAGUGUAUUUACAUUUUUAUGUUUUUUAAACUAUUUUCCUUAAAGCUGAAAAUAUUGACAAAUGGAUAUGAUUAGCCUUUCUAAAUAAAAAAAAAAAAAAAGAGUUGCUUUCUUAGGGAAAGCAAGACCUCUUAAAGUAUAUUUUCUUGAGAUGACUAUGUAACGUCCACUAACAUGAAGUGUGCUCACCACCCCCAGCCUCCUCUGCCCUCACCCCUGAAUUAGAGUCAUAGGAGUAGGUUUUGCUCCUGUGAGUCUUUUGUUGGAGCCAUUUGUGAGAGGGGGCAGGAGGUGCCACUAGAUGGCACCUGUGCCUAGCCGUUGUUAAUGACCAGGGCACAGACUCCCAGAAUGUCAGGGCAAGAAGAGAUUCUAGAAUUCAUGGAGUCCCACCCUACUUCCCCUGCCCCCAGCAGAAGAGGGAACUGAGGCUCAGCAUGCUUGCGUCCACACAGCCCAGGUCCAAAGCUGUAGAGCAGCUGGGCAGGGACCAGACUCUUUGUCCAGUGCUCUGACACGCUCACCAGGCUGAGGCCUCACUGUUGAGUAGAAGUCAUGUCUUAGCCUCUGAAAAUAAUAGUGGGAUGUGAGGAAAUUCCAUGAAGAGCCCCAUUGUUACAUACAAUUUUGUGUCCACAACCUCCACACGAAGUUCGUUCAGCUUUGCCAAAAAGUGGUUUUCUAUUCUCAAGAAUGACCCAAGCCAAUAAAUAGCAUUAGUAGCUGCCGUGGGGGCUCAGCCCCUUAUUUAUUUCUCCUGGAUUUGUCUUUUUAGUGUUCUCAGCUGUCCUUCCAGUCUGUCUCAGCAUUGGUAUCUCAGUAUUGUGUUUUCAGUGCUCAGAUUCUGUGUCAGUGAAGUUCUUUUCCUGGGUAAUUAUACGUAACAUCUUUCCUGUUCUCUGGACUUUCAAAGGGCUUUGUAUUUUCUACCUUUCUCUUCCCUGGCUGCUCACGGUCAGUUUUGUGUCUGCCCUGUGGGUCGUGCCCCUCCCAGUCCCCAGAAACAGCUGCUGCGGACUCGGGGCCAGUCUGUUCUUCAUGGUGAAGGGACUUUGUUGGCCACGAGCAGAGCUGGUACCUCCCCAGGAGCCUCCCUCCCGGUGUGUACAACCCUUGCUUCCCUCAGGGGAUGAAUUCAGAGUCCUCCAGGUGGCUGGACUUGUAUUUUUCAAUCAUGUUUUCUCUCUAGUUGCCUUUAAGAUGCCUCCUAAUGGGGAUCUGGUUGUCAGCUGCUGCUUUGGGGCAGGUGGCCAGAGUCACCCACCAGCUGUGGGUUUGGAGGUAGGAGACUUGGGGCUGGCAGGAAGUGAUGCAGUCACAGCCCCGUGCCUCAGCUUCAGAACUCGUGGUUUAUAAAAGUGUGGCAGACGUGUGAGGGCUAGGGCUGUCUCACACAGACUCUGAUCUGGCUUGAGGUUUGGUCUGACAGCCUUCCCAAUCCAGUAUUUCUCCUAUUUGCAGAGAAGGACUCAGCGGUAAACCUUACUGGCCUGGGCUUAGCCACACAGGUCUUCCUGGAAGGGGACUGGGCCUCAGGUGACACCAGGUGGGGCUGGCUAGACUGGGGGUUGCAGAGUUUCCUAGGCUCCAGAAGUGACUUGACCCUUGACCUUUGGGUUAUCUAAGCCUCUCUAUUUUUAGUAUUGUUUCUGAAGGCUCUACCUGCCCCUUUCCUCUUUCUAGGGUAUAGGAAGGAAGGAUGCAGGAAAUUAAGUGGGUCAUUUACCUGCCUUGAUAAAUUACAACAUAACACAAAAGUCUCAGUUCUUUCUGAAACUUGAAAAUUUAAAAACCCAAUUUUCAAACCAUUAAAAAAAAAAGUCAUUACUUGUUCUCAGCUUUCUCUUAUACUAGGCUGAGUGUUGACGCUCCUCAAAUGCUGCUUGACGGUCUGCCCCCAGUGGUUGAUUUCUGAACCGCCGCGGUGGUGUCGGAAGCAGUGCUUCCUCGCUCUGCAGCUCCUCGGGCAGCGUGUGCCGAGGCUCUGCAUCCUGCACUUCCUGGCCUUCCUAGAAGGAGGUGGCAGGGCAGGGGAUGCCAACUCAUUCAGGAGACAGGCGUCUGCUCCUCUUAGAGUGGUUGUCCAGGGUUCGAGAAUUAAGUAAAUGGUGAUACGGGAUGAUUCCCGGACUUAGCUUCUGCCCCAGGCCCCUGCUGCCUUCUCUAGGAGAAAAAAAAAA